AAAAGCCAUUUUUUGUUUGCAGCACAUCUUUGUCCGGCCUUAUAUUGAUAUCUUUACGUCAAGAGUUAGUGGGGUUAACUGAAGGGCAUUGAUCAGGUUUUAAAUAGUUAAUACGGCCAUAUAAGGUUGCACCACUUACCUCAGUUCAUUGCUCUGAUAUCACUGUUUGUACACACAACUCGCUCUCACUGGCUGGUGUGUUUAACAAAUGUGUAUCAUUCACCGUGAGCCGUGACAGAAAGGGCGAUCACCGCCAGUUUUUAAUAGCAGUUAUUAAAGUUGUUUAUCCUAUCUAUCUAUCUAUCUAUCUAUCUAUCUAUCUAUCUAUCUAUCUAUCUAUCUAUCUAUCUAUCUAUCUAUCUAUCUGUCUAUCUGUCUAUCUGUCUAUCUAUCUAUCUAUCUAUCUAUCUAUCUAUCUGUCUAUCUAUUGGUUAGUGAUCUUUGUUUUGGAGUUGUGGAAGCAAACGGUUAAUACCAGAAUCGGAUCUGAUCUCAGUGGGUGUGCCUUCCUAUUCUUUUGGCAUUCCCUCUUUUGAAGUAGAUCGCGCACAACCUAUUAAGAAGAGGCACGAGCUUCGGGACUGCCAUGUGGUCCCUCAGUUUGCGCUCCCAUCACCACGCAAGAGAGCUGAAUGGGAUGGAAACCCUAAAGCUGUUUUAAGAGGGAGAAGAGUGAAAGACGCUAACCUCCAAGUUCUCUUCAAGCACUCCAGUGGCUUGUGGUGGACCUUUUUAUCCUUCUGGUUUUAGGCCUAUUUAUUUAAAGCAAAGACAUUCCUUCCUCCGAGCUGUUUUCCUGAUUUAAAGACUUCCAGGAAUGGAGUCAAUACCCGGUCAGCUGUCUACAGGACGAGAUGCCUGUUCUUCCCCCAACUCAAAGCAAGAACUGCAGCCUUAUUCUGGAAGCAGUUCGCUAAAGCCAAAUCAAGUGAGUGAAACUGUGCUGUAUGGAGUCCCCAUCGUCUCUUUGGUCAUAGACGGUCAGGAAAGAUUGUGUCUGGCGCAGAUCUCCAACACUUUAUUGAAGAGCUAUAGCUACAAUGAAAUUCACAACAGACGCGUGGCUCUUGGAAUUACCUGUGUACAGUGCACACCUGUGCAGCUGGAGAUCCUGAGACGCGCGGGUGCCAUGCCCAUCUCCUCGCGUCGCUGUGGCAUGAUCACCAAACGCGAGGCCGAGCGCCUGUGCAAAUCUUUCCUCGGAGCUCACAAUCCUCCUAAAUUACCCGAGAAUUUUGCAUUUGAUGUUACGCACGAGUGCGCCUGGGGAUGCAGAGGAAGCUUCAUUCCAGCGAGGUACAACAGCUCCAGGGCGAAAUGCAUUAAGUGCACUUAUUGCAAUAUGUAUUUUUCGCCCAACAAAUUUAUAUUUCAUUCUCACCGCACACCCGAGUCUAAAUACACACAGCCGGACGCAGCAAAUUUUAAUUCGUGGAGACGCCACCUAAAACUGACCGAAAAAUCCAUGUCUGAUGACAUUUGUCACGCGUGGGAGGAUGUAAAGGCCAUGUUCAACGGUGGGAGCCGAAAACGGGCAAUGCCAGGGAGUGGAUCGGAAAUGUCAUCCCCACUAAAACCACAGGCCUCCAGCAACAUCACGCAGACCAGUUCCCCUGAUAUACCUCAUAAAACUUUGCGCUGCGAUGAUGAUCGUGGUGGCCUCGGCUUAACCAACAGUGUACGUAACUACCCGGUCAUUCCCGUGCCCAGUAAAAGUUUUGGCAUGCUGCAAAAAAUCCCACCUCCAAUUUUUCCACAUCCGUAUAGUUUCCCAGCAUUUGGACUUUGUCAAAAGAAGGACGACGGAGUUGGUGAGCAAAAUAAGACCAACGUACCUGGUGUGUUUUGGCCCGGGGCGAAGGACGGUCUCUAUCCACCGUUUCCCAUGUUUUGGCCCACUACAGCUAGUCUGCCGCUGUCAUCCUACCAACCAGCACAACCAAAACCACACACUGAGCUCAUAGGUGGGCGACAAACUGAAACGGAGAUUUCAGAGAGCGAACGAGGUGGUAACACAUCUAGAGACAGUCUGUUUGACAGCGAGCGUUGCUCCAGCUCACAGUCACUCAGAAACGACGAAGACAAAUCUGGGGACGAGGCCAGGUCAACUGAGGGUCAACCAACCACCCCCAGAAAGAUCAGCUAUAUUUCUGCUUUCAGGCCAGUGAUUAAAGAUGCAGAGAGUAUAGCCAAGCUCUACGGAAACAGGGACGCGUAUAGCGGAGCCCAUACGGGCCAUUUGUCACCAGACUUUGUAAGUGAGAGCUCCAGCUACAGAUCUGUCUCUCCGUGUGUGGACAGUGGGGAAGAUCCAGACAUCGACGUCGAGUCCAAUAGAUUGCCAGAAGAUGAGGAGUCUAUUCAACUUUCCGUGGAUGAUCGUAGUCAAAGUCCCGUAGGGGAAAUCGCUUUGAGCAGUCACAACGGGCACAGAAACACACCACAGCCAGACGAUGAGCAAACCAGUUUCAGUGAAACAGCCAUCUCUGAUCAGAAGCAGAACAAGCUGGCUGCAAAGAAAAACGAUGCCACUGUUUAUCAUGUGUACUCUCAUGAAAAGGAGGGCGCGUCUCUUCAGAGCACAUUGCCUUGUUCAGAUUCUAAACUUCCACGCAACGCAGCUGAAUCAAACGAUUCACACACCCCACACAACAGUACAAAGGACGAAUGUGAACCGCAAAAAUCACGUGCAGGGGAAAUUAGCGUUGGCAAAGAUAACUCAAACGACUCUGCAUUGAGAAGUGCUGAAAACAGAUUUCAUUUUUUCGAGAAAGACAUCGAGAAUAUGGCGAAAGAGGAGCUCCAAAAGCAGCUCUUGGAGCAAGUGGAGCUAAGAAAAAAACUGGAACGGGAAUUUCAAAGUUUAAAAGAUAAUUUUCAGGAUCAAAUGAAGAGGGAACUGUCUUAUCGAGAGGAGAUGGUCCAGCAGCUGCAGAUUAAGCUCACGACGCUCUUCACCAUUUCUCCUGCAAAAUGCUCACUCCACGACACUGCACAGGGACCUGCACCUUCAAGCCACCCCUUUUACCACCUUAACUUACAGCUGUAUCCCGGGAAGGCAUUGCAGUACAGCUGAAAACUUUAAAAAUCCCAUAAAGGAAUAUCACAUUCGCACUAUGUUUGGGAGGUUCUUUUAAUUCAUGCACUCUGAAAACUGAGGACUGCUGAAUCGCAAUCCUUCUAGAGGAUUCACUGGCGUUGUGAUCUCUACUUUAAACGCUCUACAGAAAAUGGAAAUGGUCUAGGAUUACUUUAGGACAUCAAAACAUUGAAAUGAUCAGAACAAAUGUUCAAAUAAUUACAUUGUUACUUAUGUAAAUAGGUUGAUUUUUUUAAUCAGUACAAAUACAUGAUAUGUGGCAAUGUGCAAUGAAUUGUAAAAUUGUGCAAUUUCAUAAACUGAAAUUGUUGAUUAUUCUCAUAAUUUAUGUAUUUGUGUUUUUACAUACAUUACUUGAUUACUCUCUAAAUGAAUUCACGGAUGUGUUAUCCCAAAUUAAGUGUGUAUCAUAAAUCUUAAGCACUUUAAAUAAGCAGCAUCUCAGACUAUAAAUUUAGUCAACCCAAAAAUCUAUUUAAUAAUAGUUGUUUAACAAUAUCAAGUUUGAAUAAGCACUUAUUCCAUAUUCACCCCAAAAACUAAUUCAGAAUAUCAAGAAUGUUGUUUUUCCACAAAAAAGUGCUUAAACUAAAUGUUACAAGACUGAAGUGUUUUUUCACAAUAAAGUUAUCUCUUGCUUAAUUCCUGAAUAAAAGUUUUGACUCAAAUUUGAUUUUUUUGUUUACAAUAAUGUUUCUUCCAUCAAGUUCCAUUACUUAUUUUUUCAU